AUGGAUCUUGAAAAUGUUUCAUGUCCAAUUUGUCUGAAGAAGUUUGACAACUUACAAGCCUUAAAUGCACACUUAGAUGUUGAGCAUGGAUUUAAUGAUAAUGAAGAUUCACUUGGGUCCAAUGAUAGCCGUUUGGCCAAUGGCAAACCAAAAAAGGCAGAUCCUAAUGAUAACAAGGUACAAAAAUUGAAAAGAAGCCACUGGGAAAGGUUACAAAAGGGAAAAAGUCGUUGCCACGCGUGUGGAAGAACUUUGAGUAACGAUAUUGGCGCCACUAAUUGUAGAAAAUGUGGUAAAUUGUAUUGCAGAAGGCAUCUUCCUAACAUGAUCAAACUAGACCUGUCUGCGCAAUAUGAUCCAAAACACGGAAAAUGGUAUAAUAGUUGUCAUGAUUGUUUUGUCAAAAGGCCUGGUUAUAACGAUUAUGGUGAAGCAAUAGAUCUUACACGAGAAUUUUUUAAAGUACGAAGUAUAAAGAAAGAGGAUAAAAAUUUAAGAUUACUACAACUGGAGAAUCGGUUUGUUCGUCUGGUGAAUGGGCUAAUUUCAAUCUAUAAGAAGUAUAAUGGAUCCAUUAUCUAUAAUUUGAAGAUGAACAGUGAGAUGUCCAAAUUAGAACGCACUGUUACUCCAUGGAGAGAAGACAGAAGUGUGCUACUGUGCAAUGUAUGUUCCGAACCAUUUGGAUUACUGCUACGAAAGCAUCACUGUAGAUUAUGUGGUAUGAUUGUUUGUGACGAUGCAAACAUGAAUUGCUCAAAUCGAAUCAACAUAGCAUGUUUAGUGUCCGCGGCGUCGGACUUACCAUUCGAAUACGAUGCACAAAAGGAUGGCUUACUUGAUGUUCCUUUGUCAAUAAGAUUGUGCUCGCAUUGCAUUAGUAUGAUAUUUGUCGGUAGAAAAUUCAGCAAAGACGUUGAAAUGCCACUAAGCGGAAUAUUUGCCAAAUAUGAGAGCAUGCAAAAUAUAUUUAAAGUAAUUGACAGUCUUUUGCCCGUUUUUGAAGAUUCUUUGAACAAGCUGAAAGUAGAAACCACUAAUGACCCAAAAAAAGCACCUGAUGCAAAGAGUCUGAAUGAGCUCGCUCGAGUGAGAAACAAAUUGCUUGGCUCCUUUAACUUGUAUAGUACAUUAACAAGGCAACUCAUCAGCGUAGAGCCUCGAAAUCAAAUAGAGAAGCAACUGCAAAAUUCGAUCAAGAUAGCUUCCGCUGCAUAUAUAAACGAAAAAAUUCUGCCAUUGAAGUCACUUCCAGCGAUUUUGAACCCAGAGAGCCAGAAAACAAACAACAAUGGCCGAAAAGAUGAACCAGAAGUGAAAAAGCUUUCACAGUUAAUGAUCGAAAACCUGACCAUCAAGGAAGUGAAGGAGUUGAGACAAGAACUGAUGGUUCUUAAGGAACAAUGCUACCUAAUUGAGUCCACAAUCCAGGAUUACAAGAAGCAGCGCAGAUUAGAAGAGAUAGUCACUCUCAAUAAGAAUUUAGAGGAGUUACGCUCAAGAAUACAUGCCGUUCAGUCCAAACUUGGGGACAAUGGCUUUAAUUGA